AUGGCCCGCCCCUAUGAAACAAUCCCAUCAACCACAUUACCAGGCUUACGGUUCCUAAAGUCCUUCCUCCCUGCAGUUGUCACCCUCGACCCAACAAUCCACCCAUUGUCACCAUUCUUCACCUCAAACGCCCCCAAUCUCAUCUGUAGCAAUCCACCAAGUACAGCCAGCACCACAAUCCCACUCCUCGAAGUACGAAGUCGCCAUCUAUCCCACCCCCAGGACCAAGUGCAUAUAGCAUGGGACACCGAUCUCUCGCAGCGUGACAGUGCCAGUACCGCCCUCGCCAAUAUAACAGAAAAUAACCCCGAACAUGGGACCUCUGAUAAAAUGACGCUCUAUGCGCUACUUCCGGGUCCGAUGCGUCUUAAUCGAACAGUAAUGUUUGAAGCGACGAGCAGUGCGGUGUUCAAGAAUGACCCGGAUGAGUUUGUUGUUAAGGUUCGCGAAUUCAAUAUUUUUUUGGGUUUGGAGGGCAAAGAGCAGGAUGAUCUACAGGUUGUUGAGAUGAGGAUUUUUAUGGAUAGGAAGCCUGUUCAGGCGCGUGCGCAGCAGUUGAAUGCUGGGAUUGCUUUUGGUGAAGGAGCUAGGGAGGCGGAGCCUUCGUGA